AUGAAGGCGGGGGGUACGAGUCCGGCGAAGGUGUUGGGGGAAAAAUGGUUUCAACUAGGCCAAGAGAGGAGGCGUGAGAUUGGCUAUGGGAGUGAGGGAGGGAGAAUGGCGGUGGGAGUUGGGGUGGGAAGGAGUGGGCAGUCUCGGGUGGAGGUGACUAAGUCUAUGACUGGGAUGGGUUCGGGAUUUCGGGGUGUGGAUGGGGUGGGCGGUGAGGGCAAUGGUUGUGAGGGGGUGGGGGUUCGGGUAGAUCCAAAAAGACAGAGGACGGACAUCGGGGAGGUGAGUGCUUUGAAUGGGGACAUGGUUGUUGAUUCCGAUUCUUUGAUGGCGGGACCUGUGGAUCAGACAGUUCGCGAGAUUGAGGACAUGGUGUCCUCUAAGAAACCCGACUUUAUAUUUCUCAUAGAAACCAAGGUUGACCGUGAUCAUGCGGAGCGUCUUCGGGUUAAACUUGGUUUUGAUGGACUUUUUUGUAUUGACAGUUCUGGUUUGAGUGGUGGAUUGGCUCUGUUGUGGAGAGCGAAUAAUACAACGAGAUUGAUUAGUUAUUCCACAAACUAUGUGGAUGUUGAGGUGACUAUGCCGGGGUGUGAAAAGUGGAGAAUGACUGGCUUUUAUGGCUUUUCACAGAGGGGUCAAAGGAGAGACUCGUGGGAUCUUAUUCGUACCUUAGUUGGCAGAUCGAAUCUACCGUGGGUGAUGAUUGGAGACUUUAAUGAUUUACUUUAUCAAUCUGAGAAGCGAGGUGGAAACCCUCAUCCUCUGAGUUUAUUGCAUGGGUUCGGUGAGACUAUAGAGGAGUGUGGAUUAGCGCAGAUGCCAAUGAUGGGAUAUCCGUUUACCUGGGAAAAAGGAAAAGGCACACCGAAUUGCAUAGAGGAAAGAUUAGACAAGGAAAGGACGGGUGGUCUGAGAAGAGGGUUUCGUUUUGAGAUGGCAUGGCUGCACGAUGAAGGAUGUAGGGAUGUGGUGGAGAAGGCAUGGAAUGAGGGCGCAGGAAGGGGGUUGCAGGAAUGUAUCUCUAAUUGUGGAAAUCGUUUGUCGCGUUGGGGAGGAGAGCGUUUUCAUAAGUUUGGUGAACGGAUCAGAAACCUGCGGAAGGAACAAUUGCGUCUGAGGGGGUGUAAUGAUCCGGUCUCAUUAGCUGAGUUCCAACGUUUAGAGGAUUGCCUAUGUCGUAUUGAGGCCCAGGAGGAUACAUACUGGAGGCAAAGAGCCAAGCAGCAUUGGCUUAAGAACGCGGAUGCUAACACGAAAUACUACCACAGUGGGGAUUGGGUGGAAGGUGAAGCCAUGAGGAAUGUUAUCUACAACUAUUAUAAGACUGUCUUUACCUCCGACUCUCCAAGUGAUAGUGGGGAAUUCUUUGGAAAUAUAGCUUCUCGGGUACACAAGUACAGAAUGAGUUGCUCUUGCGGCCCUUUGAUGCUAGUGAGGAUUAUGGCUAAGGUUAUAACUGCCAGGAUGAAACGGCUUAUGGGAGAUAUUAUAUCUGACACCCAAAGUGCUUUUAUUUCUGACAGGCUAAUAACAGAUAAUAUUUUGAUUGCUGCUGAGAUUGGACAUUUUUUGAAUAGAAAGCAAUGUGGAAUCACAGGAUGGGGGGCUUUGAAACUGGAUAUGGCAAAAGCCUAUGACCGAAUGGAGUGGCCCUUCUUGCGGAGUAUGAUGUUAGCAUUGGGCUUUGAUGAAAGGUGGGUGGAUUUGAUAAUGCUGUGUGUGACCUCAGUUUCAUAUAGUAUUCAGGUUGGUGGAACACGAAGUGACCAGAUCAUGCCGACUCGUGGAUUGAGGCAGGGUGAUCCACUGUCACCUUAUCUCUUUAUUAUUUGUGCUGAGGGACUUUCAUUGCUACUACAGCAGGCACAGUUGAGAGGAAAUCUACAUGGGUGCAGAGUAGCUAGGGGAGCCCCCCCUAUAUCCCACUUAUCUUUUGCAGAUGACAGCUUACUCUUUUUUAGAGCAACUGCGCAGGAAGCCAGUGUGGUAAAACAGUUUUUAUCGGUGUAUGAGGAAAUGUCUAGGCAAGCGGUGAAUUACUAUAAGUCAAGUAUUUGCUAUAGUAAGAAUACGCGGGAUGAACACAGAGAUGAGAUUGCCAGUAUUUUGGGAGUGGUUCAGGCUCCGAAUUUUGGGAAGUAUUUAGGACUUCCAUCAUUUGUGGGCAGGAAUAGGAGAGCAGUUUUCUCAUAUAUUGAUGAUAAGAUUAGACAGCAGAUUGGGUCCUGGAAUAAGAAAUUGCUUUCACAGGCAGCCAUUGAGAGAGCUAUGAAUCGUUACUGGUGGAGAUCUAAGGAUGAUCAGGGCAUCCAUUGGAAGGCAUGGGAUAAAUUGUGCAUCCCUAAGAAAUAUGGGGGAUUGGGCUUUAAGGAGUUGCAUGCCUUUAAUUUAGCAAUGCUGGGGAAGCAGGCCUGUCGUUUACUCACCAAACCUGAAUCAUUGGUUUGCAGAAUAUAUAAAGCCAGGUACUAUCCUAAAGGGACAUUCUUUGAUUCUUGUAUAGGGAAUAAUCCAAGUUACUGCUGGCGUAGUAUUAUGGCUGCACAGGAAUUAAUUUGUGGGGGAGUCAGACGCAGGAUUGGAAAUGGGAAGGAAACUCUUAUAUCACCCAUGGCUUCAGGAUGA